AUGACUUCAAAUAAUUUAAGCCGUAUUCCAACACCCGAAGAACUAGGUUUUGUAGAUGUAAUAAGUACAUUUAUUAUAGCUUUUUCAUACGCCCUUCAGUUUGGUAACAACCCUUGGAAAUGCGAUUGUAGUAUAGGUUUAUACAUCAAAUACGUAGAAAAUGCUGCACGUAAAUUUAAAGGUAUUACACGACAUAAUGUUACAUGUUUCAGUCCUCCACAGUUAAAAGGUUAUGUGAUUGGUUCAUCGAAAGAAAACAACGCAGGAACAGCAUGGGCAAUACAUACUUUGAAUGUGUACCUUGAGCAGCAUGGAAUGAAAACGUGUAUUCCAUAUCGGGACUUUGAGCCCGGUGGUAUCCAGGUUGAACAAAUAUACAAAAAUAUUAUACGGAGUCGUUUCUAUAUUGUUGCCCUGACAGAGGAUUAUCAGGAAUCUCAAUUUCAAAAUAUAGAAUGGAACCAUAUAUGGAGCUCCUUCAAAUGUGAAAUAGAAAAAUUAUUUCCUUCAUGGAAACACAUUGCAGUUCUGAUUCAGCUUAUAAUUCAAAGUUUCUCUGAAAACAACAUAACAGUUCCUGAACAUUUCCAGUGGUUGGAAAAGAGUGUUGCAAGUGCAUCUACACUGUAUUGUCCAAACUGUUGUAAAGGGAAAUGUUCAGAUUUUGAAUUCGUGUCAAAAAAUGAUGCACUGAGUCUGUGCUGUGCAGAGUUUGCAGAACCGUUUUGGAAUUUUCCAAAAUAUUCUUGUCUUCAAACAAAGCUACAAAUAGUGAACUAUGACACAUUAAAGAAACCGCAAAUAAGACAACACGAAAAAUCGAAUAGUUCCAACUAUUUUAUUCUAGAUUACCAUGGAAAAUGUCCAUUGUUAUAUUUUCCGUAUAACAUAUGUAAAUAUCCCGAUUUGGUUACAGUCAACCUUAGCGAUAAUAACAUUCAGAAUUUGCCAAAUAUCAGUUGCCUCUCAAAUUUGGACACAUUAGAUUUAUCAAACAAUUCUAUAGAGAAUAUCAAUUCGUCCACUUUCAGUAAGCUUACAUUUUUACGUUAUCUAGACCUUUCAAAUAAUUUGAUAUCUUAUAUUGAGCCGGAGUCGUUCAAUUAUCGUCCAGGUAGUUUAAUGUACAUUAAAAUAAAACGAAACGGAUUAAAAAGUUUCGAUAUAACAAAUAUUUUCCUGGGUUUCUGGUUCUUUGAAGUGGACUGCACAGAAAAUAAGAUAUCCAAAUUCACAAACGAAGUUAAAGGAAAACGCUUCAGAAAAGGAGAGUUAAUUGGCGGGGGAUAUAUUAGAAUGACUUCAAAUAAUUUAAGCCGUAUUCCAACACCCGAAGAACUAGGUUUUGUAGAUGUAAUAAGUACAUUUAUUAUAGCUUUUUCAUACGCCCUUCAGUUUGGUAACAACCCUUGGAAAUGCGAUUGUAGUAUAGGUUUAUACAUCAAAUACGUAGAAAAUGCUGCACGUAAAUUUAAAGGUAUUACACGACAUAAUGUUACAUGUUUCAGUCCUCCACAGUUAAAAGGUUAUGUGAUUGGUUCAUCGAAAGGUAAUUCGUCAAUAUACGACCUUUUCAUUUGCAACAUUAAUAUGAAAAAUAAAUGCCCUAUGCGAUGUACUUGUUUUCAACAACCGUCAAAGGAACGAGUUGUAGUCAACUGCACUUUCAGUAAACAAACAAAAUUGCCGUCGAAUGUUCCUGAUUUCGACAACUUAGAUAUUGACUUUAGUCGAAACCAAAUAAAGUAUGUACAGUUUGAGGAAUACCUGAAUAGAACAAAGCGAAUCGACCUAUCUUAUAAUGACAUAAUUCACAUUGAUCCUUUAAUCUAUAAAAUCAAAACACUGAAUUACAUUAAUCUUUACAAAAAUAGAAUCAGUUUCUUUGAUAAAACUAUUCUGCAGAAAAAUCCCUGUAAUCUCGUUUUUGGUGAAAUUAAAACAAAAUGUAGGUGUGAAUUGUAUUGGAUAAAAACAUGGUUGAACGCUAUAGUAGUCAAAAUUGCAGCCCAAAUCGCAUCACCUGUGAUAUAA